GAAUACCCUACUAAAGGGAGUAGCUCAGAAUAAACAUGUGAAAUGAUAUGGUGCCAAUUGAAGCAACAGAAGUUAAACUAUACAUGUAUCUAUAUCAGUACAUGCAUCAUACUGGAGCAAUUAAGAGGACUAAAGCUAAUGGAGUCUUUAUUGACAAGCUAUAUUGUAUUGCUGUUCACAGCAGUGUUUGUGAACGCUCAGUAUACAGUUGUCGUGCAAAUUGGUGAUAUAGCAGUGUCCACUCCGACCAAUCAAUUAGCUGACGGGAGCUGCUGUGUCAGUUCCCAGUCUCCUCCGCAGUGCACCAGCUGUCCGAACCUGCAUCUACAACUCUGUGCUCGUAUUGACACUCAUGACACCAGCGAUACUGACAUCAGUAACUGUUCAGUGGGAUCAGUCGGGAUUGGUAUUGACUCGAUCAGUGGCAGUGUUACAGUGACUUUUGGCAGACAGGACACCAUUUACACGGGAGCUUUUCAGAUGUUAUUUCGAGUGUCCAGAAAUAUAAACAGUACUCAUGGAGUUAUCGUAGACGGUGGACUGGUGAGAAUUGAACAGCAACUAGUGGCCGAUCAGUCAUCUGGAGUGCUGCAACAGAUUCAACUAACUGGCGCUAAUGGACUAGCCACAUUUCCCCUGAGGCUGUUGGUGGCCUGUCCUGACAUGAUGACUUGUACGACUGACACCUCCUGUCGUCCUAGAGAUGAUCUGUUCGGUCACUACAUGUGUGGGAAUAGAGGGCAGUUGGUGUGCCUACCUGGCUUCCAAGAUCCAGCCUCUGACUGCACUCUGCCUGACGACAUCUCACAAACUACUACUACAUCUACUAUGUCAGUAACUACUACUGCAGCUGCAACGAGGAGAGAAGUAUCUACAGAUUCUAUAAACACAGCUACAACGAGGGGUGCUGACAUAUCUACAGAUUGUGUGCACACAGCUACAACGAGGGGUGCUGACAUAUCUACAGAGUCUGUGCACACACUGACAGCUAUUACAAGGGAUGACGUGUAUACUGUGAUAAGUUUUGUACCCACAGAAUUUCCCCAAGACGACAGUACGUUCUCAACUGGACUUGGAGUAGGUGUUGCUAUUGGAUUCACAGCGGCACUCAUACUGGCUACCUUUGGUUGCGUAAUUGUUUGGCUAUUACGUAGAAAGUGUCGAAACCAAUCAGGUCGAAUAGCAGCAACACAGCCGGUGUAUGAGCUACCCUCUACGCAAGAGCGUAACACAAACAAUAUAAGGACACACCCCAAUCCUGGGUACGGAGUUCAUCACCUCGAGGAGAUACAGAGUAGCACAGGGGACUAUGACUACAUUUAAGAGUCUGAGCAAUUAUAUUCAUAGAUUGCAUAUUGAAACAUUGAGUGCAUGACUUAUUUGUAAGAAAAUAAUGUUCUACUGUCUUCUUAA